GGGAACUUCACAUGCACCAUCCAUAGUGCCCUUUUUCACGAAAUAUUUGUGUCUGUAUACAAUUCCUUUUUACUACAUACUAUUUUCUAUUUCCAGAGAGAAGAACAAAUAAAAGUAAAAAGAGUGUCGAAUUUUUUAGAGGUAAGGUAUCUCUUUCUUCUCACAUUCGUUUGUUGUCUGUCACCACGGUAAUCAUUGCGCACACAUGCAAUCUUCUCUUCUUCUUUCUCUCGAGAGCCAUCAAAAAGUUCCAUUUCAGUCUUCUUCUGUUCGUAAUUAUCUGAGCUUCAUCAUGAGGCUUUUGAGUUUUCUCUAAAAAAUCAAUUUUUUCAUUAAAAAAAACCAAUAACGAUGGAAUCGGAGAAGCCCACAGCUCUGAGUUCCAUGAAGAGACCUUCGUGGGCAUUCCUUCUCCUUGUUUUCACCGUCUUGGCGAUUCUCUCUCACCAAAUCUCUUCCAAUUCCUUUCUCCCUCUCUGGAUCCCUUCGACCCUUCAACAGCAUGACCCGAUUACCUGCUCCGGGUUUUUCCUCCACGACCCGUCCCCGAAGCGGAUCGUCAUGUCCAUUGCCGAUUUCGGCGGAGUCGGAGACGGCAAGACGUCGAACACGGCGGCUUUCCGCAGCGCCGUACGGCACCUUCGAAGUUUUGCGGCCGAGGGUGGGGCCCAGCUUAAUGUCCCCAAGGGCACGUGGCUCUCCGGGAGCUUCAACCUCACCAGCAAUUUCACGCUCUUUCUCGAACGCGGCGCUGUGAUUUUGGGAUCCAAGGACCCAGACGAAUGGCCGGUAAUAGAGCCACUACCUUCUUAUGGAAGAGGGAGAGAGAGACCUGGUGGUAGACACAUUAGCCUCAUUCAUGGAGACAAUCUCACUAAUGUUAUCAUUACAGGAGAAAAUGGUACAAUCGAUGGACAGGGGAAAAUGUGGUGGGAGUUAUGGUGGAACAGAACAUUGGUGCAUACGAGAGGCCACCUUAUUGAAAUCAAGAACUCUCACAACAUCCUAAUCUCUAACCUCACUUUGCUCAACUCUCCUUUCUGGACAAUCCAUCCUGUUUACUGCAGCAAUGUUGUUAUUAGAAAUAUGACCAUCCUUGCUCCGAUGAAUGCCCCUAACACCGAUGGUAUAGACCCAGACUCAAGCACCAAUGUAUGCAUAGAGGACUGUUACAUCGAAAGCGGCGAUGACCUUGUAGCUGUGAAGAGCGGGUGGGACCAGUACGGAAUGGCUAUGGCACGUCCGAGUUCGAACAUCAUCAUCAGACGGAUCUCUGGAACUACUCGCACUUGUUCGGGAAUUGGAAUAGGCAGUGAGAUGUCUGGUGGGAUUUUCAACAUAACAGUCGAAGACAUUCACGUCUGGGAUUCCGCAGCUGGGCUCCGCAUAAAAACAGAUAAAGGGAGAGGCGGUUACAUAUCGAACAUCACCAUUAACAAUGUGCUGUUGGAGAAGGUGAAAGUUCCAAUUAGAUUCAGCAGAGGCUCGAACGAUCACCCGGACGAUAAAUGGGAUCCGAAAGCUGUACCGAGAGUAGAAGGUAUUUAUAUAAGCAAUGUAGUAAGUCUGAAUUCGAGGAAGGCCCCGAUGUUGCUUGGUGUUGAAGGCGCAUCGUUUCGAGACAUAUGUUUGAGGAAUGUUACGCUUCUUGGUUUACCUCAGUCGGAGAAAUGGAAAUGCAAAGAUGUCUCUGGGUAUGCGAGUGACGUUUUCCCUCUGACAUGUCCAGAGUUGUUGCAGAGGAAGGGUUCCUUCUUUUGAGGUUCCACAUCCCUCUGACAUGUGCCAGAGUUGCUGUAAAUGGUUGCUUUCCGAGGAUAUUCAUGUGACGAUAGAGCAUAGAGGAGGCCAUGAGUUUGAGCAAGUUUUUUUUGGGCGUCAAAAUUCAUGGUGAUCACUUGAAAGGAUGUCAUAUUGGUUUUCCUUUUUCACAUUUUUUUGUUCUUGGUUGUGAAUUUUGAUUCUUUUGAUAUAUAUAUAUAUAUAUAUAUAUAUACCUUUGUGUAACAAAACAUAAUUUGAAUUAUUCAAUAAUAUUCAUUUUUUGC